CGAUGAUACGCCAUUACCCAGAAGCAAGAAUUUUGACGUGUUGAAGGAGUUUGAGAAGACCAAGAGCAAAAAGAACGCAAGUUUUGUAGUCGCCACGUGGACGCUGGAAAGAGCACUUUGAUGGGCCGAUUACUCCUUGAUCUUAAUGUUGUUGACUCUAGAACAAUACAAAAAUAUCGCAAAGAAGCCGAAAGCAUGGGUAAAUCCUCAUUCGCCCUUGCAUGGGUGUUGGAUCAACGAUCAGAGGAACGGUCAAGAGGUGUAACUAUCGACAUUGCAACAAACAAGUUCGAGACGGAGACCACAUCAUUCACAAUUUUAGAUGCGCCUGGGCAUCGAGACUUUAUUCCUAACAUGAUUGCCGGGGCAAGCCAGGCCGACUUUGCAAUCCUGGUAGUGGAUGCUUCAACUGGAGCAUUUGAAGCGGGUCUUAAAGGGCAAACGAGGGAGCAUUCCCUUCUCCUUCGUAGUAUGGGAGUAUCGCGCGUGAUAGUUGCGAUUAACAAGUUGGACACAGUUGGAUGGUCACAGGCUCGCUUCGACGAGAUCUCACAACAAGUUUCCGGUUUCUUGACAGCCACAGGGUUCCAGCAGAAAAACAUCAGCUUUGUCCCUGUAUCGGGCUUGAAUGGUGAUUACGUAACGAAGAGGUCUACAGAUGCAGCGGCGGGUUGGUACAGCGGGAAGACUCUGGUUGAGGAGUUGGACAGCUCUGAGCCGAUGGCACGGGCGUUACAUAAACCUCUACGCCUAACCAUCUCUGAGGUAUAUCGAUCAUCACAGAGCGCGCUCACAAUAUCCGGUCGAAUAGAUGCGGGGUCACUGCAGACAGGUGAUGCCCUGCUUAUUCAGCCUAGCAGCGAAAAGGCUUAUGUCAAAUCAUUGGAGCUUGACCAAGAAGCUGUGGAUUGGGCGGUGGCGGGGCAGAAUGUGGUUAUCCACCUCAGCAAUAUUGAUCCGAUCCACGUGCGUGUUGGCGAUAUAGUGUGCGAUACAAAACACCCGAUUACGUGUGUCGACACGUUUACGGUCAAAGUAUUGGCUUUCGAUAUCCUAAUGCCGAUGCAGGUAGAUGUUCAUCGCGGUCGUCUACAUGCCGCAGGUCAGAUCUCGGAAAUACCUGCACUCCUCGACAAAACCAGGGGUACGGUGUUAAAGAAGAGACCUCGGAUUGUGAAGCCGGCCAACGUCGCCAGAGUGGUGAUUAAGAUGGGGACCAAGGUACCGUUGGAAGCUGGGCAGCGGGUUGUGCUGAGGAGUGGAGGUAAUACUGUUGCUGCCGGCCUGUUGGAAUAAGUUGCACUUAGGUCUAUAUAUGGGACGUACAUACUUCGUAGUGUGCCAUCAGUAGUAGAUUCAGUACUAUGUAUGUACUGUACAUAUACGAUUCUACGCCACGUUUGAGGCUCUGAGAAAGAUUACCAGCCACAAUUUAUUUAGAUGAGGGAUACAUCAAUGAUAUCUUCUGAUGCUGUUUUCAAUGUUAACGACAUUUUACAUACUGUAGUACCUGCAUACCUAUAUGUAUGUACAGUAUGUAUA